AUGAUCCAGAGAGAUCUUAUAGUUCAAAGGUCCGUUGAUGAACACCAGUUGAACUCUGUUUGCGACAUCUUGCCUUUGCUGAGUAAUGUGGGCCUAUUGAAGACUGUCACCUCCAUAUGUCCUUAUUCGAAGCUACUGACUUACGAGUUCUAUUGUAAUCUUAAUGAGGAGAUUGACAAUUUGACCGAGACGCGGUGCAUGCAAAUCUUCAUCCGGGGAAAAUGGCAUGUCUUCGGUCCAGAUGCGAUAAAUGAAUAUUAUGGUUUGAAGGCUGUUGAUGAAGAAGAAAUCACGGACUGGGAUUUGGUGGCAAAGACCCUCACAGGUGGACAAACUCCGGCAUGGCCGACGGGUGAAACUGAUACUCUGCCUAGCUCGCGACUUACCUCCAAAUAUGUCAUUCUACACCGUAUUGCUCUUCACAACUGGCUACCAUCUGCUCACUUUCAUAGGGUUGGCAAGCAAUUGGCGGCUCCCUUGUUUUGGAUUGGAACUAAAAUUUCUAUUGAUCUGGGGACAUGGAUCUUUUAUCAUAUCCUCACAUUGAUUCAUCCGCGAGAGCAGAAGGUAAGGUUACUUUAUCCUAAUCUGAUAUUUGGGGUUCUGACAUCGCAGGGCCUUGUGCCAAUGCCUAGUGAGGUUAUCAGUCCGACUCUUCUGUAUACUAUUGAUCCUCGCCUUCUGACUGGAAAUGACAUCCGAGAUGUUACGCCGGUGAAUGCUCUUCCCUCUUCUAAUGCUGAGAAUGUGGUUGAUGAUUUGCCACAUGCGAAGGAUGUUCAGCUCUCUCUUCGCUUGAAGGCCCGGGUAUCUGAUCUAGAGACUGUUCAUGGAAUCAUUGCGAAGCAGCUGACUGCGGCCCGUACUGAAUUGGCUACUGUUCUUCUCCGCUUGAGCUUGACUGAAUUUGCUACUACUGAUGCUGCUAAGUCCGACAGUGAGGGCUCCUCCAAUACUUGA